UCCGCGGAAUUUAAAGAGCGCGCGAAAACGUAAACACGUCUCGUCUCGAUCGUCGUCUUGAAUACCGGUCAAAUUAGGAAAUCGCGAAAUUAAUUUAAAACUAAUUUAUUUGCGCUCAGGGUAAGGCAAGUUGAACUUUAGUGAACCAGGUUGGGUUUAGUGUCUUAACUUUUCAACAUGCCGACCGAAGCCAAGGACGAAUCGAUUGAGAUCGACGAGUUGGAGAAACUUUUGCUGGAAGCGGAAGCGGAAGAACGGGAACAUCCGCUGGGAACCGUAACGGGUACCAUAAUAAGUGAACCAACAGCGAGUGCCCUCAAAAAAACCUCGCUUUCGUUGGCCGGAUCAACGUUCUUGAAAGAUUUGACCCAGGAAGCUAGCAGCAGUGGGUUGGUGGCAAAGAGCGGGUCAAAACCGUCCAGCGCGGUCCACAGUGGUGAUACGGACUCUUCGGACGACGAGGAGACGCGUAACUUUCUGGAGCAAAAGUACAACGAGUACGGGAAGGGAAUAAGCACGUUGCUGAAGCAUAAAGAUGAGCAACGAGUUGAUGCGCAGAUUUCGAGCUUCGUUGAUCGAUCGCUGAAGAAGUCCGAUUCGGGGGUUUCCAGAUUGACGCUGAAGGCACCUCCUGUGAAAAAGUUAGAGCAAAAGGAGCAGAUAGUGCGCCCGUUGGGUGGUGUUGCUAAAGCUAAUCCACUUCCGGUUGCGAAAGGAACCAUUCCUGAGGUAUUCCAGAAAAGCGUUUAUACGGACCCUGUUUUUGGGUUGAGAAUUGUCCAUCCUUUGGUGUCUAGUACCGUUCUGCAGGAGCGGAUGCAGGGACGAAAGCCGAUUUCGAUGGCACGCAUAAAGAGUCACGUUGAGCAUGGCGAUUUGAAGGAGGAUUGGGCGAUUGCCGGAGUCGUUUUGAGCAAAAGUCCUCCGAAGACCACUUCCAAGGGAGGUCAGUUUUCGAUUUGGAAGCUGAGUGAUCUGCACGGAGAAAUCAAGAUGAUUAGUUUGUUCCUGUUUUCGCAAGCCCACAAGGACCUGUGGAAGACCGCCGAGGGCAUGGUACUGUGUAUCCUCAAUCCGGGUGUGCUCGAUCGUAACGAAGAUAGUAAGAUCGAAGCGGUCCUAUCGAUCGACAAGUCCGCCAAGGUGAUGAUCCUGGGUCAGUCGCGCGAUAUGGGCACAUGCCGGAGCCGCAAGAAGAACGGCGAGAAAUGUACGGCCUUUGUGAACCUUGGCCAGUGCGAGUACUGCGUGUACCACGUGAAGCAAGAAUACAACAAGGCGUGCAACCGCGGAGGGUUGAUCUCGUCGACGGCGGGCCGUGGGAUCAACGAACUGAGGAAUAAGGUGCUCGGGAAGAAUGAGGUCUUCUAUGGUGGUCAAAGUUUUACGGCAGUGAAGGCGAAAAAGAACCCAAAACAGGUGGAAAAGGACGGCAAUCGCAUGUUGACCCUGUCGGAAUACUAUCAAUCACCGUUUCAAGGCAGCGGCAGCGGAGGCAACACUCCAAGCACUUCUUCGCCACUUCCUUCGUACCGUCAGGAGCAGCUCAACAAAUCCGUCCCCAAGAAAUCCUCGGCUAUGGGACUCGAGAUGAACAUGAAGCAGCGCGAAAAAGACAUGGAACGAUUGAAGCAGCUUGGCCUGGACAGCACUCCAAAGACACCGACCACAGCCGCUCAGACGCCACUUACUCCAAAGCAGGUCACAAAACCUGCUGAACAACCAAAGAUUUCCACCCCGAACGGAUUCGAGAACAGGUCGUUCAGUUUGGAGGCAAAUCCUGCACCUAGAUUAAGUACGGGAAAUUUCGUCAUCGACCUGGGUUCAUCCCCCAAGCAAGCGCUUCAUUCGCGCAAGAAGGCCGUAGAACUGCUGAAAAACAAACCCCUCGCCAAGUCCAACCCCAACUUCAUCAAAUACCGCGGAACGGAAACCGGCAAAAAGCGAGCCCUCGAAGAAAUCAUCUCAAACGACGACUCCGAAGGAAACUCCUCCAAGAAGCAAAAACUCGACGAAGCGGAAAAGGCGCGCAAAGAACGUCUCAAACAAAUCCUCGAAGCGACCUCCUCGCACACCGAUCUCAUCAAAGCCCAUGAAGAGGACGCCCAGGAAAAGUACUUCAAAGACCUCGAGCGCAAGGAAGCGAUGGAGGAAAAGAUGCUCAACACGUUUUCGCAAGCCUGCAAAGCUGUGAUCUGCACGCGCUGCAAGUACAUCGCCUUUUCGGCGGCCGAUCGCUGCAAGGAGGAAAAACACGAGCUGCGUUUCCGCGACGCCGAGAAGCGUUUCUUCAAGUGCGCCGACUGCGGCAACCGGACCAUCUCGCUGCACCGGUUGCCGAAAACUACGUGCAAAAAUUGCAGCGGAUCGCGGUGGGAGCGCUGCGCCAUGAUGAGGGAACGGCGCGGGCCGGAAAUUGGCACCUCGUUGUCGAUUCGGGGCGACGAGGAGAAGCAUCUGGGCAGUUGUGCGAAUGCGGCGAAUUUGAACCUGUUGGUGGCGGCGGAUGAUUGAGGAAGGUAAGAAGGGGGUGCAGAACACCAGUGCGAUGUGAUUGUGCUGUUAGAAAAUUUUGGAGUUGUUUAAUAAAUUGUAUUGAAUACAGUGUAAA